GCAAAGCUUAACCAAGUCCUCCCACAUCGUCUUACUUGUAGCUUAUCCGCACUAACGGUUUACCUUGGAAGCUUUCGCUUAUGCCGAACUUGAGUCCCAAAACCCCCAACCAAGGCGUCAUCAUGGAUUCAAGUAGCGCUAUCGAAACAACUCCCAGCACGGAGAAUGACACUCUGAGCGGACUCGACGUCGACACGGCCGCCAUCGCUGAGCAGGCGACCGAGUUCCCAAAGCUCGAGAAGCUCACGCCGCUACUCCAGGAGCACAAGAGCGGAAUUGCCGUCGUCGCGGCCCUCUGGCUCGCUAUCUACGUCCGCGUCUGGCUCGCCUACCUUCUCCCCUUUCCCGACCUGCGCCAGACCCUAUCCGUCGCGGCCCUCGCCCUCUUCCUCCUCCUCCCCCUCAUCCCCACCCACAGCAGCGGCAACCUUAUAAACGGCCUACCCCGGUACUUCUACACCACCCUUAACACCUCCCUAACUAGGCUCUACCACCGCACCCUCCCGCCCUGGUUGGUCACCCACGUUAUUCCCGCCCUCCUCCUCCUGCCCCUGACCCGCGCCGUCUCGCUCCUACUUCUGCUUACCGUCUUGGGCGUCGCGCGCUCCUACCGCACCGGCACGGCUUCCGUCACCGCCGCCACCGACGCGGCUAUCCGCCAGGCCGAGGCCGCCGCCCAGCGCGCCGCCGAGCACGCGAGGGCCGCGACGGCGCUCGAGAUGGCGGCGCUGCAGCUGGCGUUGAGCGUGGGCGAGGCCGACUGCUCGAAGCAGCGGCGGUUGGACGCCGCGAAGGACGUGCGGGAGAAGGCCGGGGAGGUGGCGCAGGAGGUGGCCGGGGUUGUGAGGAGGAGGCUGGACAAGGUGAGGCAGGCUACGGAGGGGGCGAAGAACGCGGUGCGGGAGGACGGGGAUUUGGAGUUGGCGCUGGAGGCGGUGGCCAAUUUGGAGAGGCUACUCGAGGGGUUGGUGCAGGCGGAGGAGGCGAUUGGGAGGAGGGUGCAGGCGGCGCGGGAGAACUUAUGGAGGGCGAGUUUGGGAGAGUAAAAGUGAGGGAAAGUGAAUGGAGGAGACGAAAGGAUCUAUGUAGCAGAAAGUCGGUUUAAAGUUACUCUUGGCAGAUAUGGGAAAGACGGGAAUGUGACUUGGGUUUAUUCGGGCACACCUUUGUCGUCAGAGCGAACUAAACAGCUGGAC